GUAACAACUUUGAAGCAGGUUAAAAGUAGUGCCUUUCAAAUGCGAUUGAGGCAGAAGAAGGACUCUUCGAAGCGUAGAUCCAAUAGAAUUGAAGGCCUUCAAUCAUCCUUAUCGCACUAUGAGCUCACUGGCGGAGGAAAACAGAACUCGGAUUACAGAAAGCAACCCAAAUCACGCAGCCAGGAGAGGCCACGCUCCGAAGGUAGUCAAAUUUUCUUUCUUCUUCCUUAA